CCAUCCCGGCAGGAGCGGGGGGUGGGAUGGCGGCGGCGGCGACCGGAGCGGGCGAGGGGAGCGGAGCCGAGCUGCCUUGCGCCUGCCCCGGCGCGGACAGCGGGAACGUGUCCCAGAGCCACAGCAGCGCCUCCGGCCUCGGGGAGCCGGAGGACGAGGACGCCUCGGAGGCGUCGCUGAGCGCCACCGCCGCCGCCUACUCCGCGUACCUGCUCGCUGACCGCAGCCUCUUCAGCGAGCAGAUAGAAAGCUUAGACAAGAGUCUAGAAGACUUACUGACCAGAGUGGAUGAAUUCGUGGGAAUGCUGGACAUGAUUCGAAGUGAUUCCUCUCAAGUUGUCAAUGAAAGUAUACCUCAAAUUUACACAAAAGCAGUAGAAAUGAGGCAGAUAUAUAGGAAGAUCGACAAACUAGAGGCUUUUGUGAAAAUGAUUGGAAAUAGCGUAGCUGGACUGGAAGAACGGGUCAUAAAGGCAGAAACAGACCUUGGAGCUUUUCCAAGCACAUUCAAGAAAAUCUUGCACACAAUCAGCAUACCAUCCUUCCUUAAUAAAUCGUCUUCCUCGCGUCAACAACAGACUCUCUAUGAACCUCCAGUCCUCUUCAAGACUGAAGACUAUUUUCCAUGUCUUAAUGAAGCACCUUAUUGAUGAUUUUUGCUUUGGGAUUAAUGUGAAUCAGCCAGAACAGAGACAGCCAAGUGAACAAAAGAAAUGCUAACCUCAAAACAGUGGCAUUUCUGGGCACUAUUGAUGACAUAUUGCCAUUCUGGUUCUCAUUGUCUUCCUUCAGGCAGUAUUUUCAGGUAAUCUUUGUUUGUGUUCGUUAUUUCAAAAAUCUUCCUAAAACACCAUAUAAAUUUUCAGAUUAUUUUGGGGAGAGAAUUUAAGAAUACUUUGCCAUUAAUUUUUUUUUAUAGGAAAAUAAUAGGAAACAUACUUUUAUAUAUAAAUUCUUUAACACGUAAAUGUUUGUGCUGCUGCAAGUGUAAAAUAGCUGUACCACAAGGAUGGUUGUUAUUUUGGGUUUUUUCUAAAUGUAAUGAUGGAGAUGAAAGAAAAACUAUGCAUAAAACCAUCUACUCCAAGGUUUGAAGCCUGGUCCCUGCAGUUUGUACAGAGAAAUGUACCACAUUGGGGUAUACUAUUUGCAAGGGGAGGAAGGGGAAGCUCAUCAGGGAUGUGACUGGAUCAUAGAAUCGUAGGAUCAGCUGGGUUGGAAAGGACCUCUGAGAUCAUUAAGUCCAACUCUUGAUCCACAUGACCUAGUCCCAGUUCACAAAGCAAACAUCCCGCUCCCACUGACGAUCCUCAGAUCACAGUGACCAAGCCUCUGAUUAGUGCAUCAUUGUAUUGUUUGAUGUGUAGCCAGGUGGACAUGAGAUAGAUACAUCUAUAUCUAUAGAUACAUAUAAAACAAACAUGCUGAAAACUUGAGGCAGGGAUGUGCCUGACUGAGCCUUAGUCAGGCACCUCACCAGACUGUUUUCUUUUCCCUCACAACUCUCCAUGUGGUUACUGGGACUUGUUGAUUGCAAUUUAUAUUGUCAAUAAACUAAUAGCUAUCUAAA